AACGCCCGCGCGACGCCCGCGCGACGCGACGCCUCGAGUCCGCGCGCGUCGACGACGCGCCGAUCGUCGCGUCGGCGCGCGCGAACGCGCGCGCGCGCUCGAGCGACGCGCGAGCGACGCGCGAGAGAGGAUCUCGAGAAGACGCGUCGGCGCGCGAUCGACGACGCGCGAUGGACGAACCGAGCGAGGAACGAAGCGGGGACCACGCGGCGCCGGUGGGGGACGACCCCUCCACGGCGCCCGUGCCGGAGAAGACGCAAGUCGGGGGAUCGCCCGUGUACAUCGUGGAACGGAAACUCGGAAAGGGCGGGUUCGGGCAGGUGUACGUCGGACGGCGGUUGAAGCCGACCGACCCGAGCGCGACGACGGGGCCGAAUGCGAACCAGGUGGCGUUGAAGUUUGAACACAGGUCGAGUAAGGGAUGUGAUUACGGACCACCGUACGAGUGGAGCGUGUAUAACUCGCUGGGGGGUAUUCUCGGGGUGCCGAAGGUGCACUAUAAGGGGAGUCAAGGAGACUACUACGUGAUGGUGAUGGAUUUGUUGGGGCCGUCUUUGUGGGAUAAGUGGAACGCGAACGGGCAGAUGAUGUCGCAGGAGAUGGUCGCGUGCAUUGCGGUGGAGUCGCUCGCGAUUUUGGAGAACUUUCACAGUAAAGGGUUCGUGCACGGCGACAUCAAGCCGGAGAACUUUUUGCUCGGACCUCCGGGAACGCCGACGGAGAAGAAGUUGUAUUUGGUUGAUUUAGGUCUGGGGACGCGUUGGCGCGACCCAAUUUGUUCGGCUCACAUAGAAUACGACCAGAGACCAGAUAUUUUCCGAGGAACAGUGCGUUACGCGUCCGUGCACGCGCACUUGGGCCGCACCGCAUCUCGACGCGACGACUUGGAAUCGCUGGCGUAUACUUUAUUGUUCCUCUUGAAGGGGCGAUUACCGUGGCAAGGUUACCAAGGCGAUAACAAGGGGUUUUUAGUAUGCAAGAAGAAGAUGGCUACCAGUCCCGAGGCGCUUUGCAGAUACACUCCGAGCGCAUUCAGGCAGUUUAUGGAAGCCGUCAUCAACUUGAAGUUUGACGAAGAACCUAAGUACGGAGCCAUGUCCGGACUCUUUGAGCCUCUGUGCGGCGCCGUCGCGAGACGCCCGAUCUCUACCGAAGGCGCGAAGAAGGUUGGCAUGAAGCGUAAAAUUUCUGACAUGCAGUUUGACACCGACGAUAAGGACCGACUGAAGAAGAAGGUACGCGUCGGCUUGCCCGCGCAGCAAUGGAUCACCAUUUACAACGCCCACCGACCGAUGAAGCAAAGAUACCACUACAACGUGGCGAACUCGCGCAUCGAGCAGCACGUGGAGAAAGGUAACGAUGACGGUCUAUUCAUCUCCAGCGUCUCCUGUUCGGCUGAGCUCUGGGCGCUCAUCAUGGACGCCGGUACGGGCUUCAGCGCGCAGAUUUGGAACUUGUCCACGCACUUCUUGCCGAAGGACUGGAUCUUGGAACAGUGGGACGAUGGAUACUACAUCACCGCGCUCGCGGGUUCGUCCGCCGGCUCUGCCAUCGUCGUCAUGUCGAAAGGCUCGACGUACACGCAGCAGUCGUACAAGGUGAGCGACUCGUUCCCCUUCAAGUGGAUCAAUAAAAAGUGGAAGGAAGGCUUUUACGUCACCUCCAUGGCCACUUGCGGGUGCCGCUGGGCAGUCGUCAUGUCCCGAAACGCCGGUUUCGUCGAUCAAUGCGUUGAACUGGACUUUAUGUACCCGAGUGAAGGCAUUCACCGACGCUGGAACGGUGGUUUCCGCAUCACGUGCUGCGCGGCGACGACAGACCAAGCCGCCUUCGUGCUCUCCAUCCCUCGCCGCCGACCGGGCGACGAGACGCAGGAAACUCUUCGCACCUCGGCCUUCCCGUCCACGCACGUCAAAGAAAAGUGGGCGAAGAACCUUUACAUCAGCGCCGUCGCGUUCGGUCGCACGGUGAGCUAACGCCGCUCUCCGCGCGAUUCCAACCACUUUUUCCGAGGAGAUCGAGCGAUCUCGCGCCGGCGAUAUCGUCUCUCGCGCCUCCUCCAGCUUUCACCGCGCGCGUUCGCACCGUCAUAGUU